AUGAAUAAAUCCUCCCAAGUGAUUGAGUUUCUCUUCUUGGUCGAGCAACUCGUCUUUGCACGCAACCUCAUCGCAUGUCUUGUCCCAUUAGAUGAUAGGUACAUGGCCAACAAAGUUGUUGAGUGUCUAAGUAUCUUAUGCAAUCAAGAUUACUACACAAGGCACGUUCGCCAUAACCACAAAAACAAUGAUGAGGUGGUUAUACCUUUGCUCAAAAAAAUAACUGACAGUUAUCUAACCCUCAGAUACAUCAACGAGAACUGCGAAACUCUUCUCGUUGGAGUGACCAAGAAUUUGAGCGAUGUCUGGAUUCGAGCUUUCGAUGAUAUAUACGAGAAGGGAACCCCUGUAAGGGUGAGUGCUCCAAAAGUAAGGGUGCCUGCUCCAGCUGUUAAAGAAGAAGCAAAGGCGGCCGGGACGGAGACGGAGAGGGCGGAGGCCGAAGAAGAGGUGACGCAAGCUGAUUAUAGGACACUGUUUCUGACGUUUUCCAAAGGAUAUUCGAUUUCUGAAUCGGAGGUUAGGGUUUACUUCAAUAGGAAGUUUGGUGAAGUAAUAGAAACCAUAGUGAUGGACGAAGGGAAAGAGAAUAAACAGCCCUUGUUUGCGAGGAUGGUGUUGAAGAUGCAGUAUGCCGCAUACUGUAUGCGUCAAAGAUUGAAGAGAUCGUGA